AUGGGCAGCGACGAUGCAGCAGUCAAGAGUGAAAGUCGGGGGAGCCGUUGGAAUACAAUCUGGAAGCGGCGAUCGGGCGAGAUGCGGGAUGGAAGCGAACAGCGCCGCAGGGCUCUUUUGGCGAUGGAUGGGCCGAUGGACGAGCAAUGGCGAGACCAGGCCAAGCCCACAGUCGCAGGGCGAGAUCCACCUGCACGAGGCAAAUGGACCCCUCAAGUGGUCACAGAAUGGCGCACUGAGAAGUCACACAGACUUACAAUGGUGGGUGGUCACCUCCUUCAGAAGGUGGCGGCCACUAGAGAUCCUGUCCUGUUCAUGUUCAUGCGGGGCAAUUCUGGAGGUGCCAAGACCCUGCGCUCUGUCAGUCUGCCGCUGAGAGUGAUGGCUGCUGCAGUCUGA